AUGAGAAGUUGGAUAAGCUAUCCUAGCUCAGUCCACAAUGAAGAAGUCAACUUUGUGUCUGCUGAAGAGAUGGAACCAGUCCAAGAAGGGGAGGAUAAUCAAUUUGCUGAAGUGUGCUACAUGAGCAAUGGGCAAGGAGGUUACAACAAAGGAUACUAUAACUACAAGUCCAACCCUACCAUGUCAUACAGCAACACUGAUGUUGCUAACCCUCAGGACCAAGUCUACCUCCGCAGCAACAGGCUCGAUCGAGUCAGCCUCCACAACAAUGGGUAUGGUCAGAAAGAAUUACCAAGGACCACAAGGGACUUUCCCUGGACAACAGCAAUGUACCAACUGGCUUCACCUCAAACGCCCAGCCUGCACCUCAAACAAGAAAUGAGCUCAAAGCAUGCUUGA